AUGGUUCUUGGAACAAUGGCAAGACAUUUGGACACAAUAAUAGGGCCUGGAGUGAUGCUUCUUUAUCCUCUAUACGCAUCAAUGAGGGCGAUUGAAAGCCCUUCAACCUUAGAUGAUCAACAAUGGCUAACGUAUUGGGUUUUGUACUCCUUCAUGACCCUCUUUGAGCUUUCCACUCAUAAGAUCCUAUGUUGGUUUCCAAUUUGGGCAUACCUGAAGCUUGUGUUUUGCAUCUGGUUGGUACUGCCAAUGUUCAAUGGAGCGGCUUAUAUAUAUGAGAAUUAUGUGAGGCAAUACAUCAAGAAUAUUGGAAGCCAUGGAAGUUCCAAUUAUUCUGAGGAGUACAAGAAGGUGUUUCACAUGAUGAGCUUCGAUGCAAGGAAAGCAGUUGAACGCUAUAUCGAUAGAUAUGGCCCUGAUGCCUUUGAGAGAGUAAUCAGAGCGGCUGAAAAAGAAGCAAAGAAGCGCUGA